GCUGGCGUAGUUCACCAUGUUGUCCCGGGCAGCGCGCAGCACGAGCCGGCCGCUGGUGCUGGCGCUGGGGUCGCUGGCUUCCAGACAGAAGCACAGCCUCCCCGACUUGCCGUACCAUUAUGGAGCCCUGGGGCCUCACAUCAACGCCCAGAUCAUGCAGCUGCACCACAGCAAGCACCACGCGACCUACGUGAACAACCUGAAUGCCAUCGAGGAGAAGUAUCUAGAGGCGCUGGAGAAGGGGGAAUUGCUGGAAGCCAUCAAACGUGAUUUUGGUUCCUUCGACAAAUUUAAGGAGAAGUUGACUACUGUAACCGUUGGCGUCCAAGGCUCAGGUUGGGGUUGGCUUGGUUUCAAUAAAGAACAGGGACGCUUGCAGAUUGCUGCUUGUUUUAACCAGGAUCCCCUGCAAGGAACAACAGGUCUUAUUCCACAACUGGGGAUCAAUGUGUGGGAGCAUGCUUAUUACCUUCAGUAUAUAAAUGUCAGACUGGAUUACCUAAAAGCUAUUUGGAAUGUUAUCAACUGGGAGAAUGUAACGGAGAGAUACAUGGCUUGCAAAAAGUAAAACGUGAUCAUUACAUUGAGCAAAAUAAGCUUUUCACAACUAUUUUUGUAGUAGUACAGAGUACCGCAGUCUACCAGUAAGCUGCUCUAUUGUAGCAUUUCUAGCUUGUUCAAGCAUUUGAUGAACAUGACUUAAUGCUAUGAAUUUCUUGUUUUCAAAUUUUGUUAUUGGGCAACUGAAAAUAGUAAGUGCUUUGUAUAAUUUAGUCUUUUGAUUGAACAUCAUCUUCCGAGAGCUGAAACGGCCAGCAGGUUAUAAUUGCCAUCAUAAAACCAUCGAAAAGAUCUCAUCCCUGUCCUCUUAGCGCCUCUGGGGAAGCCUUUUGCCCCUUAUUGCACUUGUAGAAAACCUGGUCCUUUGCCCAGUUGUUUAAUGAUAAAAGAUUAAAUUUGUUUCCCAAGGGAAGUGUUCAGUUUUUCUAUUGAAAAUUGCUCUUUUUUUAAGUAAUCUUCUGUCUAGUAGUACUUGUGGUAGGUAUCACCCAUGGGCCUUUAAUUAUUUUUGGUCACAUGUUCCACAGGGUUAACACCAUUUUGUCUUUUAAAAAAUAUCACUUGAUUGCCAAUUGAGAAUUGCUCUAUUAUGAAAAGGAAAUAGUGGUGCAUUUGAAUUUUUCUGUUGGGAGAAAUAAAAAAAUUUUUAUGUGAAA